GCAUUCCCUGUCUUCAGAAUCUGCUUGCCUCAACAUGGCCGCCCACAGAAACACUAAGAUGAGGAUCAUUCUGGUGGGAAAAACUGGGAACGGAAAGAGUGCCACAGCAAACACCAUCCUUGGGAGACGUCAGUUCGAGUCUAAGAUUUCUGCCCACGCCGUUACCAAGACCUGCCAGAAGGCAUCCAGGGAAUGGAGGGGGAAAAACCUUGUUGUAGUUGACACCCCUGGGCUCUUUGACACCAAGAAGACCAUGAAAGACACAUGUACAGAAAUCAGUCGCUGUGUUCUCUACUCCUGCCCUGGGCCUCACGCCAUCAUCCUGGUUCUGCAGCUGGGCCGCUUCACGGAGGAAGAGCAGAAAACUGUCUCCCUGAUCAAGAGUCUUUUUGGGGAGGCAGCCAUGAGGUACAUGAUUGUCUUGUUUACUCGCAAAGAUGACCUUGAGGACCAGAGCCUGGAUGCCUUUCUAGGUGAGCCAAAUGACAAGCUAAAUAAUGUCAUCGCGCAGUGUGGGAAACGCUACCUGGCCUUUAAUAACAAAGCGGUAGAGGCGGAGCGAGAAGAUCAAGUAAAGCAGCUGGUAGAACUGAUAGAGGAAAUGGUGGACAGGAACGGGGGCUCUUACUUCUCUGAAAAGAUAUACGAGGACAUAGACAGAAGGCUGAAACAAUGUCUAAGGGAACUGGAGGAAACUUAGGCUCAGGAACUCACUGCCGAAAUCAAAAGAAUAGAAAGGGAAUGUGCUCAUAAAUCAGAAGAAGAAAAGAAGAAACGAAUUGAUUCUGCAAAGAAAAAUUAUGAUGAGAAAAUGGAAAAUUUGAAGGAAAAGGCUGAAGAGAAUAUAUUUGGGUAUAUUUUCAAGAAGAUAUGUGAACUGCUUUCAAAAUUUGGGACAAGUUGAGAUCGUGAUGUAAAUGCCAUUCUUUUAUAUUAAUGACAUUUGUUCUUUGACAAUUUCAUACAUACAUGCAUAUAAUGUGUUCGGAUUGAA